AUGAAAAAUUUAUUUGUGUUUUCUUUAUUAUUUAUAUACACUAAUUGCAAUGAAGAAAAUCGUGAGCCGAAAUUUUUUUUCGGACCGAAACGGGAAACGGUCGUUUCGUACAGGCAAAUUUCUGAAUUUGUAACCGAAUUUAUACCCUCGUCGUGUUUCGUAAUUGAAGAAACUUUACAACCGUGCAGACACGUGAGAAAUCUCGAAAUAUAUCCAUCGGUACCAACCAGAAUUACAAAAACACAAAUUCCGCAAAUAAAUCGUGAUCAGGCACCUGAUAAUCGGAAACCGGUAACACAACCCAGCGAAACAUUUUCAAAAUUACCAACGCCCCCGUUGAAAACAACACCACCGAAAAUCAAAACUCAUCAUUCGCCAUAUUGGAAUUGGAAUUUAUUUAAUCCAUUUUACACACGAAAUGUAACAUAUACGGAAACGAAAACAAAAUAUGUUACAACUAAAGUCGAAGACCCUCAAACGGUCGUUUCUUUUCACAUAAAAGGAUGUCGUCCGAGCUUAUUGCCAUUUAAUUUACCAGAAUGUCCGAGACCGGAACAAACGGUAAAGGAACAAGAAAAAAGUAUUGUUAUUAUGGCACCUUUCCAAUAA